CGCAGUGCUGACUCCCACUAACGCGCAGCGGUCAGGUCUGUGUUCGGCUGUCGCUCGGACUCUCCGGCUAACAAACAGCAGAAUCGCCCGAAAAUGAGCAGAACCUCGUCCGGCGGCAGAGGAGAGAGAGCGGCUCUGUGCUGAAAAGACGGGCGAGAUUCGGGCUUUUUCUCUCAGAAUGGCUAGCUGUGGUGAGGUCGAUCACUCCGUGGACGCGCUGGCUUCGGGUAAGAAGGUGGGUGGGGACUCUGUGACGGGCAGCAGUGGAAGCCCCUCCCCUUCCUCCCCUGCUCUUCCUGUCCUGGAGUGCGCCAUCUGCCUGCAGAGCUGCGUCCACCCGGUGCGCCUGCCCUGCCGCCACGUCUUCUGCUUCCUGUGCGUGAAGGGCGCAUCCUGGCACAGCAAGCGUUGCGCCCUCUGCAGGCAGGAGGUGCCCGAGGACUUCCUGGAACGGCCCACACUGCUGUCGCCCGAGGAGCUGAAGGCCUCUGCCUCGGGCAGCCGUGGGACGGGGGCCGGAGACCACGCGUGGUACUACGAGGGGCGCAACGGCUGGUGGCAGUAUGACGAGCGCACCAGCCGCGAGCUGGAGGACGCCUACAACAAGGGCAAGAAGAGCGCCGAGAUGCUCAUCGCUGGUUUCUUGUACGUGGCCGACUUGGAGAACAUGGUGCAGUACCGGAGGAACGAGCACGGCCGCCGUAGGAGGAUGAAGAGAGACGUGGUGGACAUCCCUAAGAAAGGGGUGGCUGGACUGAGACUGGAUCCUGAGCCUGGACCUGCACCUGGAGCUGGUGCAGCAAGUGGAUCUGGAUCCGGAACUGGAGCACCAGCAGGGUCACCAAACGCAGGUGUGCCGGCAAGUGGGGAUUCAUUGGGCAGUAUGGACGGAGGUGUUCCAGAGAGGGAAAGUUCAGCAGAUGGCGCAGAUACAGUGGCCAGUGGGGGGCGCCCUCAGGUGGGAUUCGCUCCCCCUCCUGUCCGGCCGCCCACCAUAUUGGGGGGUCACCCUAGCAGCCCUGCGGCCUCUGCGCCCCUGUCGCUUGUUCAGGCGCUCGCUCAGCUCAAUAUAGGCCACACUGGUCCUGAGGAGGAGGAGGACGAGGACGGCGAUGAAGAUGAUUCGGCCGCUCCCGACGCUUCGGGAUACGAAUCAGAGUCGGGCACAAGCGAGGAUGAUGACGAUGACGUCGAACGCGGCGGUGAGGAAGGUGUUGGCGAGCGGGCGGAAGGGGCUCAGGGCAGGCACAGACUGCAGCAGUUGGACAGACUGCCCCCUGGUGGCGGAGCUGGUGGUCACGGCAGCGUCCGCUCACGCAGCCCUGAUGGUCAGUGUACGGUGACGGAAGUGUGACCCACUACACCAACCCACCCCCCACCUGCCGCUGUACUGUUGCCAUGGAAACGCGCUCGCUGCCCGAUCGCCCACCUGCCUGCCUCAACAGUCGGGGUACUGCUAACGAAAUCUCUGAAAAAGCAAAAAAUUUAGACGAAUUAAUCACAUUUAAGAAGUUUGGAUUCGUGGUGACGCAGCCUAGAAUGGGGUGAAGAUGGGGACUGGGGAUAGUUUCGGUGUUAAGCGGGUGAGUUUGAGUAAUGCAGACUUUGUGGGAGUCUCUUAUAUAUCGAAAGCCGGUUAGAAGGCUGUGAGUGUUUCACAAAGCAGUUAGCUGGAUAACUUAAAGAGGAAUUCUGUCAAUUUUUUUCUUUUAUGCAUUGAGAUGUAAACAACAUCAUUCACAGUGGUUUGAUGUGAUCAUGACAGUGUUUUUUUUGGAGACUAUUCUGCUGUGGUACGUCCUGCAUGUACCUCUCCGCUGUGAACCAAUUGAAAAAAAAAAAUACAUUUUAGACCAAAAUCUUCUCAAAACUGUCAUUAAACAAUGUCUCAGACAUCAGGCAGUCUAUUCUCAUGUAAUAACUUUCUGUGAGGGAGCUUUUAGAAGCGUUAUUCACACUUAGCAGCCAUCUACAUAUUACAUCAGAAACGGCAAUCAUCGGGGUCCAAGCACUCUAUUUCUGGCGCCAGUAAAACCCAAUGAUGGGCAAAGGGGUCUCUAUUUAAAAUCUCAAAAGAUGUCUGCCAGAUUUCGUACGCAUUGAGAUUUUGGUGUGGUGAGCAUUAAAAAGUCAUGAAAAUAAGCUGAAUGAAUGAACUAAAUAAUUCCAAGAAUUUGCACCAGUAUUUUAGUCUCCGGGUGCAUCAGAUUUUUAUGUUGAAAUCACUACAGUGUUCUCCUAAGAAUGAUCCCACCGGACCCACUACAAGGUUUUUCAUUUCCGAAUUUGCGAUCUUCCAAAAUCUUCUCAAAACUGUCGUUAAACAAUAUCUCAGUCAUCAGGCACUGAAUUCAUAACCAUUUCAUGUAAUAACUUGCUGUGAGGGAGCUUGUAGAGGCGUUAAAAGUCUGGAUCUUUAGACGUCUGGUUUCUGUCGUCACGUCUGCAACUCGCUGAGUUUCUCUAGAACUUAGCGUUUCACAUCAGACCACUCGGAAUGACUUUGCUUACAUCUCCCCUAUUUAAUGACUCAGAUAUUUUUGAAAAAUUGAUAGAAUUUCCUUAAAGCCCAAAGUCAGUACUGCCCAAUAAGAGGAGAGGUACACUCAACAAAAAGGUGCCCAAAUUGUUCUCAUCUUGGACUUAGGAAGUCUUUGUUACAGAACUUUUAUGUUACGUGGAGGUUCUUUAAACUAUGGUUCUUCAGCUCAUUUUCAGAGAUGGUUCUCUAAAGAAUCAAGGAUCUUUAAAGCACUGGUUUCAAACUGGUCCAUGGGGAUGUUUUUGCUCUAGCCAUAAUGUGAGCAAAAAUGUGGAUCAUAUGGGUUUCCCUGAGGUUCGGUUUGAGAACCACUGCUUUAAGGAACCCAGAAAGGAUCAUGGCUCCAAAGAACCCCUUUAGGCACACUGGUCUUUGAGUGCAAAUGAAUGUUGCUAUUAGACAAGCCUGACUUUGGGCUCUACUGAGAAGUCCCGCUUUGAGGAAUGCCCCCACCAGGUCUGCUAGGAGUUUGCAUUACUCACACCCACCCUUUGGUUUUCCUUCUUUCUUUUUCCUUUCUCUGUCAUUCUCUUUGUCUCUCUAACAGGGCUGUGCUCCAUAGUUCUGGCAUCAGAGCAUCAGUAGGAGCCCUUCAGCCAGCUGACAUUUUCUGCUCAUAGUGUUUUCAUGACGUGAGGUUUAGCGUCUCGACUCGUGAGCGAGCGAGAAAGUAUGUGAGUGCUUUUCUUCUUUGGCCUGGUCGAUCUGCGUCUCAUCUCAGCGCGUGAGCCUGUUUCAUGACUUUUACAUGUGUUGCUGUGAGUGAGGCUUUUUUUGAAGGAAGUGACCCCAGGCUGAAGUGCUGUGAACUCUGGGAAGUGGAGUUUUAUUUGAGAUUUUACUUGUAGAUGUAGUUUUCUGUUCUUGGUGUCCAGUUUUGAAGUUUUCAAAUUUUAAAUCAGUUAUUUUUGGGUCAAGAUCUCAUGUCCAUUUGUUCAGAUUCUUUGUCGUCAGCAGAACAACAAGAAAAAGAAAUAAUAACUAUAUAACUUCUUUUUGGUGUACUUUGUUUUAUUGUGUUGUUUUUUUUUGUUACUAAGUUUAUCAGAUUAAUAAAGUGUUGUCUAUUAUUUGUCUCAA